AAGGUUUAUUAACAUCACCAAAUAUAUUGAAAAAUGGGUAAAUCACACGGUUACAGAUCUGGUACUCGUUACGCUUUCCAACGUGACUUCAAAAAGCACGGUACUAUUGCUUUAUCUACCUACUUAAAGACUUACAAAGUUGGCGAUAUUGUUGAUAUUAAAGCUAAUGGUGCUGUCCAAAAGGGUAUGCCUCACAAAUACUACCACGGUAAAACUGGUAUCGUUUACAACAUUACCAAAUCUUCCGUCGGUGUUAUCAUUAACAAAGUUGUCGGUAACAGAUACAUUGAAAAAAGAGUUAACUUAAGAAUUGAACACGUUAAACACUCUGCUUGUCGUCAAGAAUUCUUAAACAGAGUUAAAACUAACGCUGCUUUAAAGAGAGAAGCUAAAGCUAAAGGUGAACAAGUUUACUUAAAAAGACAACCAGCUAAACCAAGAGAAGCUAGAGUUAUUUCUACUGAAGGUAAUGUUCCACAAACUUUAGCCCCAGUUCCUUACGAAACUUUCAUUUAAUCUAUUUGGAUGUAUUUUAUUGGAAAAUUGUGGGUUACGUUGUAAUGUCAAUAUAUCUUCUCUAUAUCUAACUUUAAAAAUAUAAAAAAACCUAAUAUAUAUCUUUUG